ACCGUCUCUGUUACUUCCAAAGAGUUCUUGUCGGGACAUCCGCACACACACUCUCCUAUCUUUGGAUUUGUUGUCAACUUUUACUUAUUUUUCUUCUUCCCCGGCGAGACUGUCACUCGGUGAAAUAAUUUUUCCAGCUCUCUCUCCCUCCCUCCCUCUCUCUCUCUCCCGUCGGCUCGGGGAGGAGAAGAUAACGCUUCCUCGCUCCUCUAAUCAUAACAGGUCUGGUGUCACUGGAGCGCCUGUCUGCGGGAGAACAGUCCGAGACGUGCAUCAUGUUGGACGGCAUAAAAAUUGAAGAUCAUCCGCUGCGAUCGGGCCAAGCCACGCUGGGAGUCAUUCUCGGAACUGAGUGUCACCACAGAUCUGUGUGUGAAGGAUGUCAACGUCCCAUCUCCGACCGCUUCUUGAUGAGAGUCAACGAUUCCUCGUGGCAUGAAGAGUGUUUGCAGUGCACCGUGUGUCAACAGCCUCUCACCACCAGCUGUUACUUCAGAGAAAGGAAACUUUACUGCAAACACGACUACCAACAGUUGUUUGCAACCAAGUGCAGUGGCUGCAUGGAGAAGAUCGCCCCCACGGAGUUUGUGAUGCGUGCUCUGGAGUGUGUCUACCACCUGAAUUGCUUUUGCUGCUGCGUGUGUGACCGCCAACUCAGGAAGGGCGACGAGUUUGUCCUGAAGGAGGGUCAGCUGCUUUGCAAGAUUGACUACGAGAGAGAGAAAGACUUACUCAGCUCAGUCAGCCCGGAUGACUCAGACUCAGAGAAAAGUGAUGAUGAGGAGUUGGACAUCAAGCCAGAGAAAGGCAUUGGAAGCCAAGGGAAAGGGGAUGAUGGGAAGGAUCCAAGGAGGCCCAAAAGACCACGUACCAUUCUGACCACUCAACAGAGACGAGCCUUCAAGGCCUCCUUUGAGGUGUCUUCAAAACCCUGCAGAAAGGUGAGGGAGACACUGGCUGCAGAGACAGGGCUCAGUGUUCGGGUGGUCCAGGUGUGGUUUCAGAACCAGAGAGCUAAGAUGAAGAAGUUGGCAAGAAGACAGCAGCAACAACAAGAACAACAGAAUUCUCAAAGGCUCGGCCAAGAGGUGAUGUCUAAUCGGAUGGAGGGGAUGAUGAACUCCUUUACACCACUAGCUCCACCACAGCAGCAGCUGGUCUCCAUGGAUCAGAACGGUUACAGCACAGACCCGUUCCAACAAGGGCUCACCCCCCCACAGAUGCCCGGGGAUCAUAUGAACCCAUAUGGUAAUGACUCUGCAUUCCAUGACAUAGACAGUGACACAUCUUUAACCAGUCUCAGCGACUGCUUCAUGGCGUCAUCAGAAGUCAACUCCAUGCAGGCCCGCGUGGGGAACCCCAUCGACCGUCUCUACUCCAUGCAGAACUCUUAUUUUGCAUCAUGAAAAAAAGUGAAGCAAAAAAAAAAAAAAGCAUCAGCACAGAAUAAACUGCCCAUCUCAACCUAAAACGCGAUGCCCAGGAGUUUCUACACAACAAUGGACAACAAUGGAAGAAGAUCCCUUGUAGUAGCUCCUGGUUGUGUGCGGAAGCCUACUCAAAGAUAGUAAAACCACUUGUAGUAGGAGAGCGAAGAAUCAAGGGGAAGAAGACUUAAUUAUUAUUAGAGAUUAUUUGGUAGGAUUGCUUAUUUGUCACAGGAGAUAUUACUCUUUUCUCUGUUCACUUAAAGAAAACAAGUAGAUAUUGAAGCCACUACACACUUAAACCAAAUAACACGGUGAGUUUAUACAGUGCAUGAUCAAUCGUAAACUAAAACCUUUUGUAAGCUCCCCACCCCCGGUAAAGAUGUGGUGUUUGGACUGUUUCUUCUUCACACUACUUGGAGUUCCAUGUUCCCCUUUAGCAUUUUGAUCACUUGCCAUAGGUUUAGAUAUUGUGCUAAUAGUAAAUAGGUGCAGCAUGUCUGCAAGAGUGACUGUAAAUUUGUGUAUGUAUGAGAGUUUGUGCUGAGAAAGGAUUGUUUAGAGGUGAAAAAAGUGGAGAAUUAGGCGGAUAAGUAGGAUCAGUGAAGUGUAAAUACGUUCCCCAGGCAAAUUGGAUGUGCAUGUUAAAAAUGGAAAGCAUUCUAUUUAUUUAACUAUAACAGGCUCUUGAAGGUACAUAUUAAAAGUGAAAAGCUUUAUUUAAAAAGGAGAGCUUUUUUUGUGGAGCAGUUAGUGAGUUCAUGAGUAUCACAACUCAUCCAUAUACCUUUUUUAAAUAUGAAGAUUAACCCUUUGUUUUUUUUUUGUUUUGUUUUUGUUGUUAUUUGUUUUUUCUCUUCAGCCAAGCUGUAAAUGAGCAAAGUUGCUAUUUAUUUUGUUCAGACCAUAAAGCUUUUGUUGUCAUUGUCCAAUGUGCAUUCUCAAAAUGUUAAAGUUGCUAAUUGACCAAAGUUGACUGGUUUGAUGAAUAAACAAUGUCUUUCUCCUGAUAACAUUAAAUAAAUACCAUCAGUGACCAUUUA